GUUUGCCCAGGCACCGUCAACCCUACCCGGGGGUGAGAGCGCUUUCGGGUCCCAUGAUGCAUCGCGUGCCGCGUCUCGCAGAGCGGCGGCUUCCAGCUCAGCAGGGAAGGAGUCAAAAACAAGAGAAAUGGAUACAAUCAAGACUUUUUACCAAAAAUUGUGAGCUUCUGGAGCCCUGGACAGAAAUUGCAAAGUUUUUUCUGUUUGUUGAAAUGUCUAUGGUUUUAUCUGCUUCAGUGGUUCGUGUGCGAGAUGGAUUACCGCUUUCUGCUUCUACUGAUUAUGAACAAAACAUGGGAGUGCAGGAAUGCAGAAAGUAUUUUAAAUCACUCUCGAAGAAACUUGGUCAGCUUCCUGAUAGAUGUACACUGAAAACUGGACAAUAUAAUAUUAAUUUUAUUAGUUCCCUGGGAGUGAGUUACAUGAUGCUGUGUACCGAAAAUUACCCAAAUGUCUUGGCUUUCUCUUUCCUGGAUGAGCUUCAGAAGGAAUUCAUCAGUACUUACAACAUGAUGAAGACAAACACUGCUGUCAGACCAUACUGUUUCAUUGAAUUUGAUAACUUCAUUCAGAGGACCAAGCAGCGAUAUAACAAUCCCAGGUCUCUUUCAACAAAGAUAAAUCUUUCUGACAUGCAGACUGAAAUCAAGCUAAGACCACCUUAUCAAGUUUCCAUGUGUGAACUGGGAUCACCCAAUGGAUUCACAUCUUCAUUUUCUGUGGAAUGUAAAAGUGCUAGUAAGAUUUCUUCUGCUCACCAGCGACUGGAGCCAGUGACUCUGCCAGGGAUUGUGGCAUUUAUCCUUAGUCUCUUAUGUGGGGCUCUGAAUUUAAUUCGAGGCUUUCAUGCUAUAGAAAGUCUCCUACAGAAUGAUGGUGAGGAUUUCAGUUAUGUCAUUGCAUUUUUCCUUGGAACAGCCGCUUGUCUUUACCAGUGUUAUUUGCUCAUCUACUGCACUGGCUGGAGGAAUGUAAAAUCUUUCUUGACUUUUGGCUUAAUUUGUCUGUGCAACAUGUAUCUAUAUGAACUCCGCAACCUCUGGCAGCUUUUCUUUCAUGUGACUGUGGGAGUGUUUGUGACACUACAGAUCUGGCUGAGGCAGCCCCAAGGCAAGUCCCCCGAUUAUAACGUCUGAAACAAGCCUGACUACAUUUGCCUGCAACAGCUGCCUAGAGUGUCAAGAGAGCCUCCUGCCUGUCAACAGGGAAGAUUUCCACCAGACACGAGGAGCGUCAUUUUCCCUCCUUUCUCCACCUUUCUUUCUGUUGUUUGAAAACAACAUUAUCUGCCUCUGAGUAUACCUGCCAUGGAAUUCUUCCAAAAGUCUCUGAAAACAUUACUGACUGAGGGAUCAUCAUCACAAAGAAGACAGGCCCCUUUUUGCUCUGCUGAGUUUGUGGAUGGACAGAGUAAAUUUGGAAGAUAACUAGUAGCAAGCAGCACAUAAGCCUUUCUGAAAAAUCCAGUGAAAACGUGAACAUAGUACUAGUUCUCUAAACCAAGUAUGAACUAGUGCCAACUUUGGUCUUUGCCUUUGUGAGGCAGUAGUGUAGAUUAAAUAAAAAGAUGCUAUGGCAUACUGGCAAACUUA